GAAGAAGAGGAUGGAUCUGAGGAUGACAGCAAUGUGAAGCCUGAUUUGACAGUCACCGUAAAAUCUGACUUAGGCGUACGAAGUUUUUUGGACCAACUAGAAGAUGACGUCGAUGGUUUCAUUUCUCCAGUGGAUGAUAGGAUCCCUUCGAGAAGUAGCCAGGACAGGGGCUUGUCCAACCUUCAUGCUGCUUCUAUGCGUGAACUUGUGGAGCAGCUUCAAGAAGUCAGGGAAGAUAAAAAGAGGAUCAGGAAAAAAUUGAGAGAUUUUGAAGAGAAUUUUUUCCGACAAAAUGGAAGAAAUGUCCAGAAAGAAGACCGGCUUCCCAUGGCUGAAGAAUAUAACGAAUACAAACAAGUUAAGGCCAAGCUGAGGCUGCUAGAAGUCCUCAUCAGCAAAAGAGAUUUAAGUUCCAAGAUCAUGUAAUAAAGCUACGCUGGAUUUGCCACUAACGUUAAGACGUCGAUGCAGCCAAAUAACACAAAAGAACUCAGCAAGAAGCUGUACUACCACGAAGGGCUUUAGUGGCUCUCCUUGACUGUCGUGGGCAGAAGGUGGCAGUGUGAAGGAGGGAUGGUCCUGCAUCUCUUGUCACAGACUUAUGACCUGUCCUACUAGCAGGGCUGGCAAGACCAGAAUGGGGGUUGGCCCACUAAAACGACACUGCUUCCCAAGUUUCCUUUUGCUUUUCAUCCGUUGGUGGCCUGCAGUUGCUUGGACUAAAACAACGACAAAACAAAGAGACCUCAACUUUGAUCUUCUUUGGAGCAUCAGUGUAAGAAAGGUGAUCCAGUUACAAGUUCUCACGAAUCUCCAAAUAAUGGCCUGUAAUUUUCAGACCAAUAAAAGCAAUCAGGUCUGUUCUAAUAAUGGGAUGUAUGUUCUGAAACCAUUUGGAGAGGGUUGGUAGGGUCCCUCUUGAAAAAUCUCAUCUUUUGACCGCAGGGUUUUUUGUUGUUAUUGUUGGUACGUAAUUCUUUUCUUAACGUCCUCCAACUGAAAGUGGAAUUGCCAAUUGGUGGAGAACUGUUAAGCGUGGACUGCCUUGGCUUUCAAUACAGCUGCUUUAUUUUUAUAUAUAUAAAUAUAUAAAAACGAAAAUACACUUUCUUACUAACAAGCUUUUCAGAAAUGUUAUUACACAACUCCUACAUCCGUUCGACCUGGAGGACAGAAAACAUUGUGGAAGUGGACCUUGGAAAAAUUGGGUUUGGUUGACAGGACCCUACACAAGAGUAGGAAAAGGAAUGGAGUGAUCUUGGUAGCCAAGGUAUUCUGAUAUAACCCAUAAUAUAAUGGAUUUCAGACAAUGUCUGGGAAGGGUUUAUAAUGUUUUAUCUUUGUCCUUGAUGUGAAGAUCGGGAAUAAUGGACAAGUGUCCUCGAAAAGCAGAAGAUUGUCACUGGAGUUUUCUUCUGCAAGAAUGGCGUUUCCCACAAUCUGCUCUUGAUUUGUGUCUGAUCGUAAUGGAAUCCACUUUAUUGAUGCCCGUAGUUCUGAGAAUUUUCUCUUGCACAUACUGGGGCAAAAUGCGCCGAGAUUUUUCAACAAGCUGAUUUCAUGCAAAAGGUUUCCAUAGGCUUAGAAAGCAUCAAAAUGUGGACUUUUAAAAUGAAAUGAAUGACAAUGCCCGUUUGUCUCAUACCCUUAUAAUUUUUGUAACCCAAAUAAGGUGGAUGCGGUACUGAUCUCGGGCAAAAAAAAAUUUCCAGUUCAUGUUUAGUUGAAGCUCUGUAUGGCUUUGACGUUGGUGUAUACUUUCAAAUCUCUUGAGCAAAAUGGUAGAUCGUAGAACAAUGCACUUUAGAAAGAAACUUAUAUUUUUUUAGAAAAUGGAAAACAGAUUUUUUUAAGAAAAGUAACCAAAUCUGUACCUAAAUAAAGGAAAAAAAAACAUUUCAUCUACCUGACUUUUCUGUUAUGCCAUUUUUAAAGGAAGGAAAAAUAUGUUAAAAACCUUAAAAUUUGCCUAGACAAAUAGGCAGCUGAUUGGAAAGUGUGUUUAUAGAUGCAUUCCUUUCGAAGCACCAGCAUUAGGAAAUCCUUACACAUGUGCUUGAUACAAUGAAUAAUAUCAGCAUUUAACAGAAAUGAUUUCCACCUCGAAAAAUCAUGUUAAAAAUAUAAUUAUCAAAUCCAAAACGAUUAAUUUAAUGCUCAACCAACCAACCAAAAUAAUUGAAAUGUUGGACCCAAAUGAAUGAAAUAUAGCUAAAGAUUCUAAAAUCUAAUUCUCUCAGCUUAAAGUAGCUUUAGACUUGUUUUUUUCUCAACAAUUAGCCUAUUGUGGCACAUAAUAAGCUGCUUGUGAAAGGAAAUACACUUCAAAUGAAGAACCAAAGGAAACACUUUGUACUCUAAUAAUAAGUGCUUUAGCAUAACUCUAUAUAAAGUUUCCUUUAUAUACAACCCUGUGAUCCUUUAAUUCAGGGUGACUGGAUGAAGCUGAGCAUUUACUGGCCGGAUGCCCUUCCUGAUGCCAUGCAAAGUUCACAGCAUUUAUUUUUGCUUUGUGCC